AUGGCUGAUCCUGACGCGCCCGGCCAGUCUAAGAGAGCUCGUUUGGGCUCCGGCAAUCUUGAUCAUCCGCAGUAUAACGGCCACGGAUUUCCACACCCUCCUCCACCGCCUCAUACCCAACCCACUCGACCUCCGUCUCAUCCCACUUUAGUCCAGGCGUCUCCGCCCUACGGUGCUCACGGCUUACCGGUUCCAUCUAACCAGUAUCCUCCUCACGUCCCAGGCUAUCCCGGACCGCUUCCUUCACCGUCCCUUCCGCCAUCUGAUAUUCGUGCCCUUGCGGACCCACGGAACAUACCCUCACCUCGUCAGCAUCCCAAUGGCGUUACUGGAGCAUCUCCUGUGACGAUCCCCCAGGACCGAAUUUCCAGCUACCGUCCCCCACUCACACCUCAAACGACCACUGCGCCAGCAGAGCCACAGAGUUCCCGGUCCACCAGUGUCAGUAUCAGUGUCGACGUGAAGUCUCAAAGUCAGACUCCCAUGGAGCAUGGCGGCCACCACCAGCCGUGGGCAAUCAACCACGAGCAUCGCCCCAAUGGCAGCAUACCCAAUGGAUACAACCACGCCAUCAGUCCUGGAGCACACCCCAACGGAGCGCCAUAUCAUGCACAGCCGCCACCACCAGCCCAGCAAUACGCUCCUCCUGUCACACCUUACGCGCAGACCCCGUACAUGAACGACUAUGGCACCGCACAGCAGAUACGACGAAAGCAGGUGCGCGCCACCCAGGCCUGUAACCACUGUCGUUCGCGAAAGCAGAAAUGUGAUGAAGCUCGACCGUGCCAGUUCUGUCGGGAGAACAACUUCGACUGCCAGUACAAGGAUGUCCCGCCACCCAAGCAAGACAGAAGCAUGAUGCAACUUCAAGAAAGUGUGAACAGCAUCUCCGACGUUCUGGCGCAGUUUGUGGACCAAUUCAACGGCUGGAAAUCGACUGUUGAGAGUAGGCUUCCACCAUCACGGAACCACGAGAUGAUGUCGAACCACGCUUCGCCUGAAGCCUCUUUCUCCGCACCCCCAAGAGAGCAUGGCACAUCCAGAUGGCCUACUCCCAUACAGGGAAGAGGACAUAUGGGUCGAGUCAACAGCAACCUGAAGAUGGAGUCACCUAUUGCUCCCCACUCGAACAUGAUGUCGCCUUUGGGUGUGCAAGCAUCGGCUUCUAUCAAGCAAGAGUCUCAGUAUGCGCCCCCUCCUCAACAGCCGGCAACCCCUGCUGAGAGUGUGAGGACCGAUCGCAGCCAUGCCACUGAGACUAGCCCCAAAGAGCAAACGGGUCUGCAGGGUGAUCACACUACGCCGGCGCACAAGUUGCUGGAUGAAUGGCAGCAGAUGGUUAGCUUCUAUACAGGCAUCCCGUACCUGAGAAGGCUAAUAGACAACGGCCGUGAAGUUUCAGACUACCCGAUGCAGCUUGAGCAAGACCGCGGACUGCUGCGCGUUUGGGGUGUCGGUGAGGGCCAAGACUUGAACGACGGAGCUCAAGGCCCUGGAAGCCCAGAGAGCAGUAACGACUCAGAAGCGCCUUCACCAGCACCCGGCAAAGAAGGUCUGUGGGGAUAUCCAUUUUCCGAGGUCCCGGCUGGGACGACAACACCGGGUAGCACUCCUCGAGAAUACUUCCCGCCCAAGCCGCGGCAAGAGAACGGGCUUGGCGCAGACGGUCGGCCCGACUUUCGACGCCAUGUCAUGUUCGACCUACUCCGGUCGUACAUGGAGACCAUGCACAUUUUCCAUCCUUUCAUGAACGAGAACAGACUAAGGCGCAUGUUCAAUGACUUCAGUGAUCAAUACAGUCCUGACGCGAAGCCUCUGAACGCCCACUCGCCUGCUCCUGUUCACGGAGUUAAGCGAAAGCGGUCGGAGAGUAAUCUUGAGGGACUCCCUUCGGGUCGGGGUGAGAUUGAACGAUCAUUGCGCAACGCGAUUGUACUGCUCGUUCUUGCUUUGGGCAAAGUAUGCUCGCACAAAGACCCUCUGCCUGCGCCACAGAAUGACCGACACCCUUACGUCCACAGCGAAUGGGGUUACAUUCGAAAUUCUCCUCAUCCUAACGGUAGUUUCAACAGUGUCAACAGCGAGACUUCCGAUGAGAACCGCCCGAAGAACAUUGACCUCCUACCUGGUAUGGCUUACUAUGCCUACGCCACCGAUAUUCUUGGGAACCAACAGGGCGGUAACACUGUUGCACAUGCGCAGGCUAUGCUGCUGGCUGCGCUAUUCCUCAGUCAGUAUGCACGAGUACUGGAAAGUUGGAGCUGGAUUAACAACGCUUGCCGGAUUGCCCUGGUCCUCAUCAAAGCCGACUACACUAAACUACUCCGUGUGAACAGCGACAGGAGACAUACCUGGAGUUCCAAGGAGCGCUAUAGACUAAACCUCGUCAUGUGUGUCUACUGGACAGCUCUGCAGCUGGAAUCCGAUAUCUUAGCAGAGAUGAGUACGCUUCCGCCCUCCGGCAUCUCUGCGCAUCAAAGCGAGAUCAUGUACCCUGAAGGCGUCAACGAAAACUGGUCUCAGGACCAGGACAGCAACUUUGUGCAACAAGAUGUCGAAGUACGUGCAGGCCCAAGACAAGAUUUGAUGAUGAAACUAUACUCCACGCAGACUUUCCUACGAGUUGUCCUCAACGUUGCGCAUAAUGCUCUGUACGGUCCCAGUGGUCGCAUGAGCUUCGACCCUACGAGCUUCAAGGAAGUUGCUCACCACGCGCUUACUCACAAAGAGAUCCUUGAGGGCUGGAGGAAGCUGCUUACACCGGAAUUGGCAUGGUCGGACGACGAAUACCCCUCGACAGAUCUCAACAUUGCUCGUGUACGCGCCAAAUACUAUGGUGGUCUGUACAUGAUGUUGCGACCCUACCUUAAGCUCGCGAGUCAUACGCUGGAGUUCCCGCCCCCACCUCCAGGAACAACCGGCGCAACACAGAACAACUCGCCAUCACCUUACGGAAAUGCGGCGUCAAACAGGAACGUACAAAUGGUGGACUUGAGCGAAGACCAGCACAAGAUCAUCAAGAUCGCUUGCCAAUGUAUCAACGCCGCUAUCCGGAGUACCAUCGCGUUUGAUCGUGUAGGCGAAGAGCCUGGUAGCCAAUACCAGUACUUCCAGCCUACGCGCAAGAAGAGGCUUAUUGUGACUAACAUUUUCGGUACACUUCACGCACAAUUUGGCAAUAUGCUCGUCCUAGCCUCGGUGUACAAAUCCAAAUUAUACCCACUCCUACCAAGCGACACCUGGCUUACCAAGGCCAACCUCGCCGCCCUUUUCAGACGUACCAUCGCCGUCAUCAGCGACGUGGCGCAAAACUCGCCCAUUCUGCGCAUGGAUCUUGAGAUUCUCAAGAACGUCCAGAGGCAACACGGUCUCGAAUGA